AUGUUCAGUAGAGAGAGUGAGAGUUCCGGCGAGUCGAGUGAGUGAUUCCAAAUUUCCCAAGCAAAGUGUUUCCGUCGGCGAAAUUACGGUCUACAGUUUCGGCUAGUGAUUGCAUUCCGCCGGCUCAAAAAAAUAUUCGAUUAUUUCUUUUCAGAUUGUGCUGUCUGAGAGAAUUAAGAAAAACAGACGAUAGCUUCUUCCAAAGGGUUCAGCCUGAUCCUUUGAUCUGUAGUGAUUGCAUUCUGCCGGCUAAAUACACUCGAUUUUGGUUUUUCUAAUAAGUUUUCUGCAGAAGAGAACAAGAACAUGGCCGAUCAGAGAUUGGAGGAGGAUAGGUUAAGCCAACUACCUGAUCCAUUGAUCUGCCAGAUACUUUCUCAUCUUCCCACAAAGGACAGUGUUACGACAAGCGUUUUAUCCACUAGAUGGAGGACUCUCUGGCUUUGGGUUCCUUGUCUGGAUUUGGCAUAUUGGGAGAUCUUGGAUUUCAAUCACUUUAGGAGUUUUGGUGACAGGUUUUUCGAUUCCAGUAGGGCUUCGUUCAUAAACAAAGUCAAACUGAGAAUUGAGGAUUGUUACGAUGUAAAGGUUGAUACUUGUUAUCUCAAGUCAUGGAUUGAUGCUGCAGUUAAGCGUAAGAUCCAACAUCUUCAUGUUUGUUGUCCUCCUGAUACUUCGUAUGAGAUGCCCCCAAGUCUUUAUACCUGUGAGACACUAGUAUCGUUAAAACUCUAUGAGGUGGUGAUGUUGGAUGAUGUCGAGUCUUUUUUCUUACCUUCCCUGAAGACUUUGCACUUGAAGUUUAUCUGGUAUGGCAAAGAGUCCAUUUUUGAGAGUCUUGUCUCUCGCUGUCCUAUCUUGGAGAAGUUGAAGAUUGUCGGAUCCGAGUAUGGGAAUGUAAAUGUCUUUCAGGUGCUCUCUACCUCAUUGAAGAAGCUCUGUAUAAAGAUUGAAAUUGAUGACCCGAAUUUUGGUUUAGGAUUUGUGAUUGGUGCUCCUAGACUACGCUUUUUGAGCAUCACUGAUAAAUUCGAGACUUGCAUAUUGAACGAGCUUAGCUCCGGUGGCAAGGUAGAUAUCUCUCUCCCCUUUGUCUUGGAAGAUCUUAAUGAAGCAAGCAUUUCAUUGAGGAGAAGUGGUGUCAUCAACAGUUUUCUCCCUGGGAUCUCCAAGGUCAGAGAUAUGACAAUAUGUAAAGACAUUUUCAAGCUCAUCUGUCAAUACUCGAAAAAAGAACUGCUGCCUCAGUUUGGUUACAUGUCCCGCCUGCAUUUAACUCUUCGUGUAUCUGAUUUAUAUAUGUUGCCAACCUUUCUCGAGAGCUGCCCAAACUUGAAAUCCCUCAUCUUGGUAUGGAAUAGCAACUCUAAGAAAAUGCGUCAGGAAGAGCUGAGUGGAUUCGAUUCCUCUGUGCCAGAGUGUUUGUUAUCAUCGCUUGAGUAUGUUGAUAUCAAAACCACCAUCUCGGGACGUGAUGCAGAAUGGAAGCUAAUAAUGUACUUCCUAGAGAAUUCCACGAUCCUCAAGAAACUGACUCUGCGUUUGAAUUAUUUUUGUACGGAUGAAAAGUUCCUCGUCAAGAAUAUCCUGGAAAUCCCAAGACGCUCUACCACAUGUCAAGUCGUCAUAUAUUGAUACAUAUGUGUGUAAAAGACUAGAGAAAGAACUUGUGAAGCUGAAGCAGAAGAAAUGCAGGUUGAAGGCUUUUAUGUUUUAUGUUUCUUUCUUUUGUUUAGAAUCCGGUUGGUCUCUUUUGUUUUCGGUAGCCACAGCUAUAAGUUAGUUACUCGUUCAUCUUUAGAGACUACUACUAUUAAGGUUGCCAAACUGCCCUCCCAAUUUAAGCAAUGCUGUUUCUUAUU